AGCUAGCAUUCACCAAGUUAUAUGAUUAUUAUGGACGACGAAAUAUUCGUGUACGGCAACAAGCCAUGUAAAAAUCAAGACGAUGAAAACAGAUCAGAUAAUCCGGAUUUAGAAAAAACUAAAGGACAGCUUGAAUUUCUAAAAAAUCCAAAAGUAAAAGGCGUCCGCUUUGCAGUGGUUUUAGUUUUCGUUGCUUUUUCGAUCGCUACCAUAGUGAUAGGUUCACUAAACCUGGAUAAUUGUCAAUUGGAGCCAAGACUGCCGAUAUGUUUGGUUGUGUUUGGUGUUUGGGGAAUACUGGCUUCAAUAUAUGGUGGAUUCUUCGAGUGUUUACCCAAACAAUGGCUGCAGAUACUUCUCCUAUAUUUGUUGUACUUGCUUAUCUUCACAUGGGUUGGCGCAGCUGGCACGUGGCUGGUGUUUUCCGGAAUAACGUCAUCAGUAUCACGUGACAACCAAUCCAGCGAAUUCUCUUGUCUACAAAACCAAACAAGCAACACUAGUUCUCACAACGAUUCAAACGCUACCACAAUCGGGGAGCCAGCAAAAUUGGACAAAACAUGCGAUCCAGCCACACAUGGUCUUAUAAUGGGCAUUGUUUUAACCAUGGAUAUAUGCUACAUACUCACAAUUGCUUCGCUUGGUGUUUAUAAAUGGAAAGAUAAAGCAAUACUGAAGACGCAAUCGGUUGUACGAAACAAAUGGUCGAGUAACAAGAAAUUACAAAGUUUUGGACCUGCACUUUUGCUGCUACUGAACGCAGUAUUUGCUGUGCAAUGCAUUUUUCCAAGUUACAUUUUAUCACAAGACUGCUGUCCAGACUUACUGGGACCGCUUUCCUUGAGUUUAUACAGUUUUUCCAUCUUCCCUGCUAUCAGUAUAGCAAUGCUAUCGCUUGCUCUUAUGCUUUAUUAUUUCCGGAACGAGUUUUCUGCUGUAUACCCUGGCGCAGUCAUGCUGGUGUAUAUGAUCCCAUGGUGCGUGUUUGAAUUCUACGCAUCAGGUGUAUUCUUUACCCACUACCCAACCUACAACAUGAGUGACACCGUAUUGCUGAAAUCAUGCGGUGUAUCGCCCUACCAAGUCAUGUACUUGGUGCAUAUAUCUUUCUAUAUAUUCGAACUUCCUUUUGUUAUUAUUUCAAGCUGUUCAAGCCUAUGGCUUUUAUGGCGGUAUCAGAAGGAUCAUUUCUUUUACUGACGAAGAAAAAAUCGACCCAUUUGUGUAAGAUAGGCAAUGCCGAGUGAUGGGGUACCUCUGGCGUAAAUCCCAGGUCCGAUGGCCUGCCUCACUGUAGGACCACCCAUAUAGAAACAUAGAAUAGAAUGCACAUAUACAUUGUUGGGGUAAUGAGCCAACUCUGGCCUAAACCAUAGGUCCAAUGGCCUACCUCACUGUGAGACCUAUAUAAAUAGAAUUUCCAUUAUUGAGUGUCCAAAAACUGCCUCGGUGGGGUCUGGAUGGUAGCACCCUGGGUGUUAGGGUAAUCGGCCAGCCCGAAACUCCGGGUCUUUAUGGCUUUUCCCGCUUCGGCAAAAUGCGGUACCCGCUCGAAAGAAAUGGUUGCCGUUUAUAGUUGAAAUUAUUUAUAUUUGUUGUUUUUAUUGAUCGUAAACAACUGCAUUACAAAUAUGCUCAGUUAUUCCAUUAGAUUAGUUUGCUAUAAACAACAAUUAUGGCAUUGGCCACCAGUUCUCACAAAAGCACAGAAUAUACGAUUAAAUUACUUUCAACGAAUGAAGGAUCUCACUGAUUUUAUAUUUCAUUCUGUUUCUUUAGCGGUAAUAAUACCAGAGUAUACGAAA